GAAUGUGGCAAAUGUUUUGCAGAUAAAUCAAAUCUUGUAUCCCAUGAGAGAAGUCACACAGGAGAGAAACCAUAUUCAUGUUCAGAAUGUGGGAAAAGUUUUAAACAUAAAUUAAGUCUUGUUAGACAUGAGAGAAGUCACACAGGAGAGAAACCAUAUUUCUGUUCAGAAUGUGGAAAAUGUUUUACGCAUCAAUCAAGUCUUGCUACACAUGAGAGAAUUCACACAGGAGAGAAGCUAUAUUCAUGUUCAGAAUGUGGGAAAUGUUUUAUUAAAAAAUCUUAUCUUGUUACCCAUGAGAGAAUUCACACAGGAGAGAAGAUGUAUUCAUGUUCAGAAUGUGGAAAAAGUUUUACAGAUAAAUCACAUCUUGUUAGACAUGAGAGAGGUCACACAGGAGAGAAACCAUAUUCAUGUUCAGAAUGUGGAAAACGUUUUACAGAUAAAUCAAAUCUUCUUAGACAUAAGAAAGGUCACAUAGGAGAAGAGUCCUAUUCAUGUUCAGAAUGUGGGAAAUUUUUUAAACGAAAAUCAAAUCUUAUUAUACACGAAAGAAUUCACACAGGAGAGAAGCCGUAUUCAUGUUCUGAAUGUGGGAAAUAUUUUACAGAUAAAUCAAGUUUUUCCAGACAUAAGAGAAUUCACACAGGAGAGAAGCCAUAUUCCUGCUCAGAAUGUGGGAAAUGUUUUACAGAUAAAUCAGAUCUUGCUAAACAUGAGAGAAGUCACACAGGAGAGAAACCAUAUUCAUGUUCAGAAUGUGGAAAAUAUUUUACACGAAAAUCAAAUCUUGUGACACAUGAGAAAAGUCACAUGGGCGAGAAACCAUUUUCAGGCUCAGAAACUGAGAAAUGUUUUAUUGCUGAAGACAAACUUAUGGAGCACAAGAGAAGUCACACAGGAGAGAAUUCGUAUUCAUGUUCAGGAUGUGGGGAACUUUUUAAACAAAAAUCAGAGCUUGUUACACAUGAGAGAAAUCACACAGGAGCAAAACCAUAUUCAUGUUCAGAAUGCGGUAAAUGUUUCAAAGAUAAAUCAAAUCUUGUUAGACAUGAGAGAAGAUACACCGGUGAGAAGUCAUUUCCAUGCUCAGAAAGUAAGAAAUGUUUUAUUUCAAAAUCCCAACUUUUGGAGUAUCAGAGGAGUCACAGAGAAGAGAAGCAGUUUUGAUGUUUUAUCUGUGUAAAUGUUAUUUGAGGAAAUUCAAUUCUAAAACUCAUCGGAUAAGAAGAAACAAAUUUUGGUGAAAUAUGGGAAAUUAUAUGAGCCAUUUUUUUUUUAAAAUCCAUGUUAUUCACAGACAGGUAGAUAACUGGGGCAACAUGGCAACCGGUGUCAUGUGACAGCAGGUCUCUAAAUAGUAGCGCAACUUGCUGUUGUGCCACUAUUUUACAGCUGAGAUUUGGCUGUAAAAAACUGCGAAAAAAAUCGCAGUCAAGUUGCAGUGGCACAUGACUUGUGUUCGAUGAUAGCAAUGUCGCCAUUUACUGUAACCUGAGACCAAAAAUGCAAGCGUUGGAUUUUUUGUGACUGUCACAUGCCCCAGUUUGACAUAGUUGACAAUCAUAAGAUGCAGUGUAACAAUGUGACAUUGUGAUCUUCAUAUCACGUUACGCAUGUUCACACACGAUUCACAGGUUUCAUUUCAAGUUGUAGAUUUGGCUUUAAAAUGUUGAUUAAUGCCGCAUGACUGCUUUUAAGAAACGUCUGAUGAAUCUUGUAUGGGAAGAUAAUUAUAU